AUGCUUAAAUUCAAUCAUUUUGAUUUUUGUAAGAGAAAUUUUUUGGUUUUAGUUUUUGCCAACAUUCUUGAAGCACUUGCAGAAAAGGAGAGUAAGAAAGGCAUCUUCAACAACAAGCAGACAGAAAGGGAAAAAAUUAGAUACUCAUUCUUUCUAAUGGAUACAAUUCCAGUGGAAUUUAAAUUGAUGUCUGCUCUCGGCAAGUUCUUUUUUGACAUUGGAGAAAUGCACCUUCAAAGUAUUUUGAUGCAGGGAAUUCAUAAAAUGAACUUUCAAAAGAACCGGAAAGUGGUUGAAUAUCUUAAAUCGGCUUUAACGUAA